GUCGAUCCGAGCAUCAUGAAAGAAGAACUCAAAGCCGAUGAGGACAUCUCAUUCCGGAACGCCAGCUUCACGUGGGGAGAUGACGAGAAUCCCGUUCUGAAGAAUCUCAAUUUUUCCAUAAAGAAAGGGGAACUGGUCGCCGUCGUAGGUUCCGUGGCUGCCGGGAAAUCAUCGCUCAUCCAGGCGAUCAUCGGUGAACUCAUUCCCACCUCUGGGUCAGUCAGCCGGAGAAAAGAGCGUAAGAUCGGCUACGUUCCGCAACAAGCCUGGAUUUUGAACAGCACGGUACGGAAAAACAUCCUCUUCGGAUGCGCCUACGCAGCUCGAAGAUACCGGGAUAUCGUGAAGGAAUGUUGUCUGCUCCCCGAUUUGAAAAUCCUCCAAGCCGGUGAUUCGACGGAAAUCGGGGAAAAGGGAGUAAACCUGUCCGGAGGCCAAAAGCAAAGAGUCUCUCUUGCGAGGGCGGUUUACCUGGAUGCUGAUAUCUAUCUUCUGGAUGAUCCGCUCAGUGCUGUGGACGCUCACGUAGCUUACGACCUAUUCAAUGACGUGGUCGGCCCGAAAGGUAUCCUCAGCGGGAAGACGCGUAUUCUCGUCACCCACUCGGUCGCCGUUCUGCCCCAUGUAGACAGGAUCAUUGUCUUGGAGGACGGAGAGGUCACACACCGGGGCACGUAUGAUGAGAUCAUGAGCCAAAACGUUCGCCUCAAGGAGCUCGUCGAGACACAUGCGAACACGGGCAGCGAGAACUCCGUCCACGAUGAGGUUUCACGAGGCAGCGACGAGCCGUCUACAAGAUUCCGAAAACGCACGCGGUCGGUCGACAGCGUCUCUUCGAAUGUCAGCGGCUGCGUAGAGCGCCAAAUGCCCGACAUUCCUUUCGGGAAACUCAUCGAGGAAGAAGAAAUGGAGGUUGGCGUGGUUCGAUGGAGAGUUUAUUUCGAGUUUCUGUGGCAUUUCGGUAUCAUCGGAACUAUCCUGGGGCUCACUUGUUAUGCCCUUUCCAAAGCUGCCGAUCUCUGGUCGCUUCUUUACAUAACGACCUACAGCAAAGAGAUAGAGAUAAAGAACGGAACUACCCCAGAGGACAUGUGGUCCCACAUGCAAAUAUACAUCGCCAUAGGAUCCUCCCAAGGCGUAGCGAUGCUUGCUGCCCUUACAGUCCUCUCGUUGGGCUGCAUCUGGACUUCGACAUCCCUCCACAACAAGAUGCUCGACGCGGUGAUGAAAGCUCCCAUGAGUUUCUUCGAUGCCACGCCAACGGGUCGAAUUCUGAACCGGUUCAGCAGAGACGUCGAUGAGCUCGACGUCAGCCUUUAUAUGAACGGCGACGGCUUCAUAACAACUUGGACGGUUUUGCUGGUCACCUUGAUUUAUAUCUGCAUACACCUACCGUAUGUCCUGAUAUUCUUGAUACCCCUAUUCGCCUUUUUCCUGGGCAUUCAGAGAUUCUACGUGGCCUCAUCAGGGCAAAUCAAACGCUUGAACGCGGUGACCAAAUCUCCAGUCCUGAAUUGCUUCAACGAAAGCAUAGCGGGAACCACGAGCAUACGCGCCUAUAACGUCCAGAAUAGUUUCAUAAGUAAGCACAUGAGGCUUCUCGACAACAAUCAGAACUGUCUCUUCCACGAAUUCAAUGGCUACAGAUGGCUUGCCAUCCGGCUCAAUGUAGUGGGAUCAUUCAUCGACGUGGCAGUCUGCGGGAUGCUCAUCUAUUUCCGAGGCUCGAUGCCCACCGAGAUCGCUUCUCUGCUGUUCACCUGUUCCCUUCGAGCCUCUGAUGCUUUCGCGUGGAUCGUGAGAAUGGGUGCCCAGGUUGAAAACUCCUUGGUCUCGGCCGAGAGAGUUAUGGAUUACACCAAGACGAAACCGGAAGCUCCUUGGUAUCUCGACCGAGAGCCCGAACCUGAAUGGCCCUCAGAAGGCCAGGUGCGUUUUGAAAAUUAUUCGACGAGGUAUAAAGAAAACCUCGACCUUGUUUUGAAGAAGAUAAACCUCGAGAUCCUGUCCGGGGAGAAGGUUGGCAUCGUCGGACGCACAGGAGCGGGAAAAAGCUCCCUCACGCUGGCCCUGUUGCGAAUUCUCGAAGCAGUCGAAGGCAAGAUAACGAUCGACGGGACCGACAUCUCCGAAUUGGGUCUCAAUGCUCUCCGAUCCAGAUUAGCGAUCAUUCCACAAGAUCCAGUUUUGUUCGGUGGGACUCUGAGAGAGAACGUCGACCCAGAAGAGCGGUACUCGGACGAAGCACUUUGGGCUGCAUUGGAAAAAGCUCAUCUGAAAAGCGCGGCCAAGCCGCUGUCGCACAAAAUCGAAGAAGGGGGCUCGAAUCUCUCUGUCGGCGAGCGGCAGCUCGUUUGUCUAGCUCGAGCGCUUCUGAGGAAUUCAAAAAUCCUCAUUCUCGACGAAGCUACCGCCGCCGUCGACUUGGAGACGGACGCGCUCAUCCAGAAGACGAUCAGACAUGACUUCGGAGGCAGUACCGUCAUAACAAUCGCUCACAGAUUGCACACAAUAAUGGAUUACGAUAAAAUCGUCGUUCUGGACCAGGGAGAAAUCAGAGAAGUCGGUUCACCCAGAGAACUCCUUCAAGAUCCAGACGGAGUCUUCAGCUCGAUGGCCAGAGACGCGAAUAUCCGAAUCGAUUCGUGAAGCGGCAUCGUGGUUGCUCAUUCAUGUGAUUCUUCCAGGACCGGCCUAAGAGGUCGAGCAAACGCGCUGCUCGAAAUAAGUCGGAUUUCCUUUGAUCCCAUUUAUGUACAUUCAAUCGAGCGCGAUGACGGGCGGAGUCGCGGGUUCCGACUCGAGCCACGCAAAGAUCAUGAAUAAAUUGAAAAUGCUAUUUA